GCCACGUCGCUGUUUAUGCCAUGAUCUCCACAACAAGAAGCAGCAGCGCCAGCCGCAGACGCAGUUUGGCCAUUUGGCUCCUCCAGAUGGUUUUACUGGUCUUCCUGGUGGUUUUCAGGGGUUUUGGGUCAUUUCCAGUAAAACCAGUCAGUCCAUCUCAGUUUUCUGCUCUUGAGACAGGAGAACGUCACUGAGCGCGUCAUGGCGGCCGACCGGCGCGAGGAAAAAGACGGGGAGCUGAACGUUCUGGAGGAUCUUCUGACCGAAGCGCCGGAUCAGGAUGACGAGCUCUACAAUCCGGAGACGGAGCGCGACGUCGGCGACAAGAAAGGAGUGAAGAGGAAGAGCGAGCGAUCGGACAGCCAAGACGUGAAGAGGCUCCGCCCCUCGUCAGGCCACGCCCCCUCCAGGUCCUCUGGGAAGCGGGCGCUGAGCUCCAAGAAGCCGUCCAGCCCGCGCCGCCACGCCGCCGCCUACCAUCACGAGUACUACGAUGAGCGAAAGGGUCGGCGCGUGGCCCGAGAAGGCCCACGGAGUCGCGUCACGGAGGACAGUCGGCGCCGGGAGUCGCAGCGCGGCGUGGAGGCUCUGAGUCGGAAGCUGCGUCACGACGACAGGCGAGUGAGCCCCUCCCCUCACGGCGAGGACAACCAAUCAGAGGAGGAGGCGGAGUACAGCUCAGAGCCGGCGUCAGGAAGCUCCUCCCCCGCCGGCUCGCACGGCGACGAUGAGGAGGAGGAAGAGGAUGAGGACAAUCAGGAGGAGGAGGGGGAGGAGGGCAUGGAGGAGGAAGAGGAGGAGGAGGAGGAGGGAGAGAAGGAGGAUGACGAUGAGGAGGAGGAUGAAUAUGAUGAGCGUCAUGGCGACGGGAACGACUACGACACGCGCAGCGAGGCCGGCGACUCUCGCUCCGCCUCCUCCGUCAGCUUCUCCGACGGAGAGUCGGGACGCUCAGGCUCCGCCUCCGAAGCCUCAGGGUCGGAGAAGAAGCGAGAGAAGCUGUCGUCGUCGGUUCGAGCCGUUCGGAAAGGAAUGGAGAAUCCCACCAGCAAGCUGCGCUACAUCCUGCGGGAAGCCCGCUUCUUCCUCAUCAAGAGCAACAACCACGAGAACGUCUCCCUGGCCAAGGCCAAGGGCGUCUGGUCCACACUGCCGGUCAACGAGAAGAAACUGAACGCCGCCUUCCAGUCGGCGCGAAGCGUCAUCCUCGUCUUCUCCGUCAGGGAGAGCGGCAAGUUCCAAGGUUUCGCUCGCCUGUCGUCGGAGUCCCACCAUGACGGUUCUCCGAUCCACUGGGUUCUUCCGGCCGGGAUGAACGCCAAGAUGCUGGGCGGAGUCUUCAAGAUCGACUGGCUCUGCAGGAGGGAGCUGCCCUUCAUCAAGACGGCUCACCUGUUUAACCCCUGGAACGACAACAAGCCCGUGAAGAUCGGACGGGACGGCCAGGAGAUCCAGCCGAAGGUGGGCGCCCAGCUGUGCGCCCUGUUCCCAUUGGACGAGAGCGUGGACGUGCACCACGUGGCGCGACGCGUGCGUCAGAAGGGCCAGACGCCGUCAGAGCUGCGUCCGCGCGGCCGCCCGCCGCAGCGCGAGCCGGGAAGGCGUCGACCUGAAGAGUACGACCUUCACGGCAGGAAGCGACCGCGAGCCGACGGCCCGCCCGACUUCAACCAGCGGCCAGGAUUCAUCCCGGACCUACGGAGCCAGCCGGUGGACAGGAGAUUCUCCGGCGUGAGGCGAGACGUCUUCCUGAACGGGUCCUACGACUACAUGAGGGACUACCACCACAGCGUGGGGCCCCCGGCUCCCUGGCAGACUCUGGCGGCGUACCCCGGCGCUCCGCCCCCUCGCUUCAGAGACAAGCAGCGCCUGCCGCAGCACCGCGCCUUCGCGUCCAGCCCGCACGACUACGACAUGCGAGUGGACGACUUCCUGCGGCGCACGCAAGCGGUGGUGAGCAGCCGGCGUGAGCGCGAGCGGCAGCGGGAGAGAGAGCGCGGCGGGCCGCGGCGCGACCGCGAGCGAGAGCGGGCGAGGGACAGAGACAGGGAGAGAGAGAGGGACAAGGAGAGGGGGCGGUACCGCAGGUGA